CUCGUAAUUUAAGAUACAGGGCAAGAAAUUUCAAUGCAAUACAAAUUUAAAAUCAAUUCAUAUCAUUUUGCUUAUGUUUUCAAGAAGGAACGGUGCAAGAUUUUCCGCCGCGUGUGAUAAUGAAUUACCAGUUUCUGAGGUGAGCACCUUUAGCACUUAUAAUGAUGGCUUCCAAGCGUGAUGUUAAUACUUUGAAUAAAAAAUGAAAUUCGUAACACACAACUUCGUUAUGAUAAUUGGAGAAUUCCGAAUUCAUUGAAAUCGAAGAUUGAAAUUUGGAAAACAACACUUAGGGUUACAAAGUGAAUCUCCAAUGUCUUUGUUCAUAGAAAAAAAUUUUUAUCUGCCUUUUUUGUUUUUUUUAUUUUAAAUUUUUUUAUCUGCCUUUAAUUUAGCAAUUGCUGAAAAAGAGGGGAAACGAUAGAUGUUUUUUUUCUAAUGAAACUAUACGUUUUUACAAACCAGACUGACAACAUUUGACAGACCGUGAUUUGUAAUAAUUCUAAUGAAAACUACUCGAUCGUCCAGGUGAUUGCAAGAAACGCGUGAACGAUUACUAUUCUUGAGCAUAAUCAAUUCUCUAUCUUUGUAGGCUCAAGCGUUGUUAUUUGCUGAUGAUGGAGCUUGUGAUGAAGCAUCAUCCUUCGCCGAAGAGGUGAAUUUGCCUCCUAACUCGACAGCAGUUAGAGACCAGCUACAGCUCCUUGAACCAUGCGCAGGAGACGAGGCCCUGGAUGUGUUUCACCCUAUCCAGGUAGAAAAUCUGCUUUCGGAUCAACGAGUGGAGACAUCAGAGCCGCCAACCUACCAGCAGGGAGAUUGUGCACUUCACAAUGGAUUGAGUUCACCUACCCCAGAACCAGCAGUACAAGAAGCACCACCAUCAGCAGAAAGCUCAAUGGGUUAUCCAGUACAAGAGAGUGAUCAGGAUGUUCGAGGUAGUCACCUGGUGCAAGAGACGUUAGGCCUGCGGCUACUGAGAGGAUAUGAUCAAUCUCGAUGUCAGCAGCAAACCAACGAUGUCCAAGUAAAUGGUGUGAGUUCCCUCGGCGAGAAUGACCAAGCAAUUCAGCAAAGCUGUACUAUGCAAGAAAUGCGAUUGUGGAAAAAGGAAACUACCAGGCAAGUAUCAUUAGGCUUAGAAAAAUGUUUCUUUCACGAAAUUAUCAAGUGUAUCAGAGAAAGGAUUGACUGUUUCUAAUCAGUGAGAAUUUGCUGAGGGGUUUUGCUUAUUAGCUUGACCAUAGGAAACCGAAACUUUUUUCCUUCUUCAGCUCCAUGCUUUGCGGAAAGAGUUCAUUUCAGAACUUAAUUGAUAAAAUACUUUUAUGUAGGACCAAGCCAAAAAAAGCCACAAAGGGAAUGAAUGCACGAGAUGCAUUUUUCAUAGCAGAGAUUACUGAGGUUAGCCAGCAUCGCUAUGUUGAUGCCAAUGGAAGCAUAACUGCUGUCUUCACCUGUCCUAUCAAAACUGAUCGCUAUGGAUACAAGCUUGGCUUGAGGAUAUACCUCAAUGGCGUAGGUGAUGGAAGAGGCAGGUUUGUCGCCAUCUUUGUGCACAUGAUGAUGGGGAAGUAUGACAACUUUGAAGUAAGGUGGCCUUUUACUCAGAGGAUCACGCUGUCCAUUAUAGAUCAGAGUGGUGCCGAACGCCAUUUAAGCCAAAUCCUUCAAGCUCAGCCUAACAUGAUAGCCUUUCAGAAGCCAACAGAAGAGAUAAGUCGUACGGGAUGCGGUUUUGUAAAUUUUGCUUCCAUAGAAGAAGCAUUUAGUCAUGCUUAUGUAAAAGAUGACAAGCUCUUUCUUAAAAUUGAGUUUUCUCCCUAACUGCUACAUAUCGUGCUAUUCUCUACACACUCGACUGCAAAACUUUUAGUCUAAAAAAAGUAAGCAAUGAACGAUGAGACUCAACGUCUCUAUGGGUACACAUUUAUAUAAUAGCUACGAUUGGUUGCGCGUGGUAAAUGAUAGAAGCCAUCCACGCUUUUUUGAAAUUGAAGAAAUGAACUGUCGUAAACAAGGAUUUUCAUGAUGAAUAAUGAAAAAGUAAAGCAUGGAUAAUGUGGGCUGCGCUUCUAUCUAUAGA